CGCGGGCAGAGGAGGGAGGGAAGGAAGGAAGAGAAGGAGGCGGGCAGGCAGGCGGGCGCGGGGGUCGGGUAUUGAGGCAGUAGAGAGGCGAGAGCCCGGCAGCCGCUUCGCGCUGUUUGCUGCGCGGGCUUUUGGAGGGGCGACGGUUGAGUCGGUCCCGGAGAAGCGGGCACCGGCGGCGUUGGUGCUCGCGCCUGGGGGCGGGGGACUGGGGAGGCGAGAAGGGGGGUCGCUGCGGUGGUUCUCUCGCUAUCGCGCUCUCCUUGCCUUUCUCCCGGCUUGGUGGGCUCCCCUCGGUGUCUCACUCGCCUCCGGGGCCCCGCUCCCCGCCCCCCGCGGUAUGUCUUGAUCCCGAGCAGCGGGUUUCAUGGGGCUCCUUAGGAUUAUGAUGCCGCCCAAGUUGCAGCUGCUGGCGGUGGUGGCCUUCGCAGUGGCGAUGCUCUUCUUGGAGAACCAAAUCCAGAAACUGGAGGAGUCCCGAUCGAAGCUAGAACGGGCUAUUGCAAGACAUGAAGUUCGAGAAAUUGAGCAGCGACAUACGAUGGAUGGCCCUCGGCAAGAGGCGGUGCUGGAUGAGGAAGAGGACAUGGUGAUCAUUUAUAACAGAGUCCCCAAAACUGCAAGCACCUCUUUUACCAAUAUUGCCUAUGACCUGUGUGCAAAGAAUAAAUACCACGUUCUUCACAUCAACACUACCAAAAAUAAUCCAGUGAUGUCACUACAAGACCAGGUACGCUUUGUAAAGAAUAUAACUUCCUGGAAAGAGAUGAAACCAGGGUUUUAUCAUGGACAUGUUUCUUAUUUGGAUUUUGCAAAAUUUGGUGUGAAGAAGAAGCCAAUUUACAUUAAUGUCAUAAGGGAUCCUAUCGAGAGGCUAGUUUCUUACUAUUACUUCCUGAGAUUCGGAGAUGAUUAUAGACCAGGGUUAAGAAGACGAAAACAAGGAGACAAAAAGACCUUUGAUGAAUGUGUAGCCGAGGGCGGCUCAGACUGUGCUCCGGAGAAGCUCUGGCUUCAAAUCCCAUUCUUCUGUGGCCACAGCUCGGAAUGCUGGAAUGUGGGAAGCAGGUGGGCUAUGGAUCAAGCCAAGUAUAAUCUAAUUAAUGAAUACUUUCUGGUGGGAGUUACUGAAGAGCUUGAAGAUUUUAUCAUGUUGCUGGAGGCAGCUUUGCCCCGGUUCUUCAGGGGCGCUACAGAACUCUACCGUACAGUAGGAAAGAAAUCUCAUCUUAGGAAAACCACGGAGAAGAAACUCCCCACUAAACAAACCAUUGCAAAACUGCAGCAGUCUGACAUUUGGAAAAUGGAGAAUGAGUUCUAUGAAUUUGCUCUGGAACAGUUCCAGUUCAUCAGAGCCCAUGCCGUACGGGAAAAAGACGGAGACCUCUACAUCCUCGCACAGAACUUUUUCUAUGAAAAGAUUUACCCGAAAUCGAACUGAGUACAGGUGUGACUGUUAGGUUCUUGAACUAAAACUUUGACCCUGUCUUCACCUUAGUUCUCAGCCCCACAAGUCGGGCUGCUGGUCGCUGUGAAAGGCAGUGUGUAUCAAGCCAAGUUAGGGAACAGUAACACCGAGGAAGUAGAUGCUGGCUGGUAAGUUUCGGUGGCCUGAGAGGCUUCAGUUUCAGCCUUUUCUUCUUUUUCUUUUUUCUUUUUUCUUCUUUUUUUUUUCCUCUUUUCCUGGUUAAAUUUUGGUGGGAGUUAUAGCCUCCCGCCUGGAAAAAGCCUACAUCCCACCUACAAUAAACACAUAGCGGAUCUAAUUGGAGGCUGAAUACAAACACAAGUUCUGAUACUGUCUUUUUGAUAAAGCAUUUUUUUUCCAGCUGACCACGAAUGAAGAUGAAUCCAUUUGCUAGUUCCACCUUCACCUGGAGGUUGGGUUCUACACCUCUACUGAGUAGUGUUAGCUGUUGGGCAGUGUGUGCUUCGUUUUUGUGAGUCAUGUCUCAUGAAAUUGGAAUGUUUGAUCCUGUUUGCUAAGAAUGUUUCUGCUGUAGUUGGAAUUGCCCACGUUUAUGUAGGUCGUUUUAAUAUUCUUUAAAAAAAACUGAUCAUUAGUGUUAAAAACCAAUUUUAAAAGAGUGAGCAGUAUUUCUCAUUCCUGUCUCCCCAGUAUCUAAGAUUGGGGAGACACUUCAAAGAAUGUUGACAUUGUCUGGAGUUUUAGUUAAGGCUUCCACACAUUAAUAUCAAAAAAAUAAGUUUAGUAUUUGUUCCUCCAUGGUUAUCUGUAGAGCGGUAUGCUGACAUAUUGGUGACUCCGUAUUAUAACUCCAUUAGUGAGCUGUGGUAUGGGUAGGAUUUUGCUGCUGCUUCUGUAUUUCUACUUGUAGACUAGUUUUACUAAGGUGCUUUAUAAUGUGCUUUAAAGCAUUGCAUUUACAAAAAAAGAAAGGAAAAUGCUGUAAAUACUGCAUAUUUUAUGUAUUUGGACCAAAAGGUUAUAAGUGGUUUUGCACCAGUUUUAUUAUGUCAAGUAAAAUCACCAGACCUACUGUUCUUAUAGUUCUCAAUUAACUUUACUGUUAAUAUAUCACUGAAAUGAAUUUCAGUAACCUUUCAGUUUUGAUACACAGAACAUUAUUCAUAAUUGGGGGCAGUAAUUAGAGUGGAAAGAGUACUGGCCAAGGAGUCAGAAAAUCUGAUUUCUGGUCCUGGCUCUGCCACUCAGCAGCUGUGUGAUCUUGGGCAAGUCACUUAACCUCUCUUUGCCUCAAUUUCCUCAUCUUGAAAUGAGACUAAUACCUGCUGUACCUACCUCACAGGGGUGUUGUGAGGUAUAAACGAGACGGCACGUGAAAGCACUUUGGAAACCAUUAGCGCGCUGUGGAAACAUAAGGGGUGAUGGAAACAUCUUUCACAUACAGUUCCGUACCUUUCAUUUUUUAACAGAGGGAAAAGUCCACUUCUAAGCUGGUUGGAAAAAAAGGUUAAUCUUGAUAUAAAUUUGUGUUUGAUAAAUAUCUUCUCUGUUCUAUCUUCCCUGUUUCAACAACUAUGGAAAUAUGAAACACAUGUGAACUCUUAAAGAUCCAUGAACAGCUGCUCGAGUUCAGGAAGUUCCCUGUGUGAGAAAGACUUCGUUAGCCGACUCAGGGCAGGGGAAAAUGUGCUCUUCAAAUUUGGGAGAUUUGUCUGUUUUUAUUUUACAUUACCAUUCAGAAAUGGUAGCUAUUUUGUACCUCUGGUUGUUAAGGUAUAUUUUGCAGAGUUUAAUUUCCCUGUACCAUCUUACCCUUCUUAGAGUAAUAGAGAGAAUUUUAGGAACAUUUUCUAAAAGAAUAAUCUUUACUAUGUUUGGUUUAAAUAAAUACUAUUCCUGAACAAGCCCUCACCAAACUAGGUAAAUAAACAUUUUAGGCAGGCUGCUUUAAAGGUUAUUAAUUGUACGGGAAGUGAGGAGGGUGCACGAUUUAUCAAAAAAAAAGAAAAGCUGAAGGAAGUUGGCAGAAUCAUUUAAUAAUACCCCCCCCCGCCCCCCAGUAAUAGGAAAACAUUGAGAGAACAUCGACAGGCAUACUUUCCUUGUUUGGAUUUCUUUCUUUUUUGUGUAUUUAUUAACUUUUACAGAUAUUUAUUGAAAAUCUACACAAAUGAUUCCCUUGCCCAAAAGGAAAGCACCACCUCAAGGGCAGGGUGUUUGACAUGUAAUCUGCUAAGGAACCCCCAGUACACAGGUGGUUCUUGGAGGACAUGCUGAAGCCUUGAGGUGCAUUAACUCUUAGGAAACUAGGGUAGCACAUAGUGCCCUACAUCAUGGGUUCAGUACACUCUUCCUACAAAGGUCCAGAGGGUAACUGUUUCAGGCUUUGCAGUCUUUACAGUCUCUGUCAAAACUACUCGGCUCUGUCAUUUGAACACAAAAGCAGCUAUAGACAACACAUACCUGAGUGAGCACGGCUGUGUUCCAGUAAUACUUUAUUACCAAGACAGGUGACAUGCCAGAUAGGGACCAUGGGCUGCAGUUUACCAACCCCGUAAUAGAUCAUUAUUUAUGGAGAAAUCAUUUUCUAAAUCUGUAUUCUAGUGACCUAAAAGAGUUUAUAUACUUCCAAAAGCUCCUAACUUAUAUCCAAAGAGUAGCUUUCUUAUUCAGGCGGUCUCUCCCACAGAUUCAUGAACUUUUAUGACUUAGAUUGCUUCCAGGUGGGCAUGUGUUCUUUCCCAGGUUAACAGUUCAGAAGAGAGGCAUGCAUUCUAUCCUCUUGUAAGAUGGGUUAGGGAGUAUCCUUCCUGGAGGCAGAAAGGGUUAGAUUGAAUUCUGUCUGGUCCAGUACAGUCCUGGGAGUCUGACGAGUGCAGAGUCCUCGUAAUACCUACCUUUAUAAUAAAAAAAAAAAAUAAAACCACUGAGACAAUAUUGUAUUUUUUAAAAGUGGCAAAUGUGGUUUUCUUUUUUCAGCCUUUGUGCUUUUUCAGUAUUUUGAUCAUAGGGAAUUUUUUUUUAUAAUACAAAAGCAAAUUAACCACUCUGAAUUUUAAAAGAUGAUGUUAUGUGUGUAUGUGUGUGUGUAUAUAUAUACAUAUGUUAAUUUCCUAAAAGAGGAAAAAGUACUUUUUUUGUUCAACUUGUAUCAACUCCUGUUUUCUAAUUGCUGUGAAAUGGCAACUGUUGAUAAAUUAUUGUGACUGUUUUAAAAUGUAAUGGGGAGGAUAUAUUUUGAUUUUACAGAGCUUUAAUCUGUAAAGUAUCACUUAAAUAUAUCAGAUAGCAACACUUAAAGUAUUGCAUGGGGAUUACUUUUCUAUCAUCCAUACCCAUUUGUGCAACUUUGAACAUAUUGGGUGCUUCUGAAUUCUUGAUGAUUGGGUUUAAAUUAUUGAAAAUCAGAGAACUUAAACUUACUGACUUUUAAACUUUAAAUUUUAUUUUCUAUUCUUAAAAUUUCGUUAAUGCCUAUAAUUUGAAAUCUGUUGUUGCUCUUUCUCAAUAUUAUGUCCCAUCGGGAAUUCCUAAAAUUGUUAGUGCCAUCAGUGAUUUACAAACAGUAUUUUGAUAUUGCAGAUGAUUUGCUCAUUGUAUUUGCAUAGUUAGAAAGAAAAUAGUUUGUAGACAAUGAUUCUCUUUUUCUAAUAAAAUGAAAUAAAAAUUCUUAAAAGCACUAGAGAAUUUAACUAAAGGCUGGUUCCCAAGUGCAUAGCUGGUAUUUUAAUUUAUAUUCCAAUUCCACAUAGAGAACAUCUGUGUAAGCCAUCUAUCUGGCUUUUCCCAUUGAUCAUUCUCCAAACACACCUGUGGUCCGAGAAGCCUUUAUUAGGAGAAGUACCAUGCUGUGCGGUGCUGUAACCUUUGGUGAAGUUUGUCUGUAAGAGGCCCGGGUGCUUCUACUUUAGGAUUUGAAAAUUUGCCUCUUCGUAAAUUAGUGCCAUUUACUUUGAGAGGAAGCAGGGCAAUUGCUGUGAAGUUUCUGCAUCCAUUUACCCUAUGCAGAAUUGCUGUACCAUGCCAGCUAAACUGCUGCUCAGGCAGCCUUUUGAGGCAAAAGCAUCCCUGUUUCAAAUGCACUGCCAGUUCAGCUCCUCCGGAGUGGAGCUUACUUUCUGAUUUCCUGCAGUGGGAACCUUAGAGAUUGAAAUGGGCGAUCAGUUCGUCAGAUUUAUCCUAUAAUUUAAGUUCAUGCAGCUUUGUGACCGUUGCAGGACUAUUUAUGGAAGGACCCUGAUGGCGAUGAUCUCUUUCAAACACAUUACUGGUGAGCCUAUGAUUUAGACCCACUGGUGCUGUCUAUCUGAUUUUUUAGACAGCUCCCCCAGCUUUCUGUUGAGAGGUAUGUGAGCAUCUCUAAAGCAGUGUUGAAUGUAAUUUUGAGAAACAUGGGUUGUCUAUUUUGACUUUUAUUUUAUGAAUACUACAGACAGCUAAACAGUGCCUUUUUUCCCCUCACAAUCCAUGUUGGAAGAUGCUCACUCCUUCCUCUGUCUCGGCUCUCCCCCUCUUCUCUCUCCUCCCCCAUUCAGUUGAUUCAUUUAUGCAAUACUGUUUCCAACUUGAAACCAUUUUGUCACAUCUGUUGGCGAGAUAAUCACUCCUUUUUCUUAACGUUCUGCCAGCUUUCUGUUGUUGAAGUGUUUCAGUUGAUUACCUGAUGCAAAAGCUAUAAAAUAAACACUCAGUGGGAAGGGGGAAAAA